GCUGUUUUUACUGGUGCGCGUGCACGCACAUGGAGACGGAAGCGCGCACAUAGGGGACGAAACUACUCACACCAUUCACAUAAAACAUACAGACUAACACAAAACUAAACGGAAUAAUCUUCGGAAAUAGCAUCUAAAUAAGUGUGGAGGGAUGAGGGGCUUCUUGCGGCUGACUGUCUGUGCUGUGAGCUGCAUUCCCCGCAGGCCGUGCAGUGGAGGAAGACCACCCGCGCCGUUAGGAGGAAGAAUCCUCUCCAACCCUGAUCACAUCUUCCAGCAUAACACGUGGGAUCAUGUGCAGUGGACAGAGGAGGAGACCGAGAAAGCCCGACAAAAAGCAGAGGAGAACUCUAAAGAGAAGAUUCCUGUAGAAGAGCAAUCUAAAUAUGACAGAGAAGGUCAUAAGUAUUGGGACCGAUUUUAUGAGAUGCACCAGAGGAAGUUCUUCAAAAACCGAAAUUGGCUCUUGAUUGAAUUCCCAGAGCUUCUCCCUCCAGACGACGCAGGGAUGUGCAGGCUGGAACAGGAGCAGGGCAGUGGGGUGGACUCAUGCUCAGAGCAGCAGCCCUGCGCUUCCAGUAAAUUAACCAGUCAUACGAACGCAUUCCCAGGACAGCAUGCUGCUUUCAGGAUACUAGAGGUGGGCUGUGGUGCAGGUAACAGUGUGUUUCCCAUCAUCAGCACCAUCAGGGGCAGUAAGGCGUUUCUGUACUGCUGUGACUUCUCAUCUCGAGCUAUUGAGCUCAUCCAGGAGCACCCAGACUAUGACCCUGCAGUGUGUCACGCAUUUGUGCAGGACAUUUGUGACACAACGUCCCCAUUUCCCUUCCCCCCUGAGAGUCUGGACAUUAUUCUAGUGGUCUUUGUGCUCUCUGCCAUCCACCCAGCACGCAGAGCUCAAGAUGUGGUGAAGGGUUUGGCUGGAUUCCUGAAGCAGGGAGGAGUCAUGCUGUUCAAAGACUACGGCAGAUAUGAUCUGUCACAAUUAAGAUUUAAAAAAGGUCAGUGUUUGUCUGAAAACUUCUAUACGCGCCAGGAUGGAACCUGUGUGUAUUUCUUCACAAAAGAUGAGGUUCAUCAUUUGUUUUCUAAUGCUGGUUUGGAGGAGCUUCAGAAUCUGGAAGACAGAAGACUGCAGGUAAACAGAGGAAAGAAGGUGGUAAUGCACAGAGUGUGGAUACAAAGCAAAUAUAGGAAGCCUUAUCUGAUUUCAGCAGCAGACUGAGAUCUGAAAGAACUGAACUAAGAACCUAUCAAGAUUUCAAAGGACAUUUCCUUUGUGAUAGACUUCAAGUAUAGCAAAUGAUGGAGAUAUAACAUUACAAAAACAUCAAGAAAGCAAUCAAUUUUUAUGUUUCUAACUUCCCAUGUGCCACUAUUUGCCUUUGUUAGAUUUCAAUAAAUUGUAAUGAAUGCAUUGUCUUGUAGUACAUUAUUAGUUAAUCAAGUGAAUUAACAUUACUGGAGUCUUGAAAGUUAACAGUAGUUCUUCUAAAAGUCACUUUAAUUAAAUACAUAAUUAAUCACUAAAAUGAUGUUUGAUUUUUUUCAUAAGAUUAUUUUGUGUACUGCUAUACUAUUUUUGUAUUUAUUAAAACAAAAUGUGCAAAGUAUCCCUUCUCAUGGAAAUGCCAGUUCACUCCUUGAAACUUGAAGAUUUGAUUUGAUUUGUUCUUCAAACAUGUAUUUGCUCGGGCUUUUAUGGAAUGGCUUGUAAUAAUUGGCAUAUUUAUGUUUUUAUUUGUAAUGUUUCACAUGUUUGCG